AUUAGAAAAAAAGGAUAAUAUUAGUUUAAUACAAUACUAUGAAACACAUUUUUUUGACAUAGCUCUUUUUUAAAUUAAGGGGAAAAAAUGAAGCUUCAAACAAGUGUUUUGAUUUGCCUUUGCUUGGUAGCAAGUUUAAUUCAGCAAGGCAAAACAGCAUCGGCUGCUCCUCCUGGUCCAGGUUCUGGUGGUACAGGAAGUGGAAGUGGAUCUGGAGGGACAGGGACUGGGACUGGUACGGGAACGGGCACAGGCGGGGGUGGUGGAGGUGGAGGUUCGUCAGCUAUUCGUGUGAGUGGUGCCAUGGUUGCAGUGACAGGAUUUCUAGCAUUUAUCUACAACAUAAAAACGUUCCAUUAAUGUUUCUAAACCUGGAUAUUAGCGAUGACAUCAAUAGUUACUUUUAGUUUUAAUUUAAAUUUGUUAUUUCACGUAUAUUGUAUUGGUAACUGAUGACGAGAUGAAAGAUAUCAUUUUCUGAAUACAAAUUACCAAACUUAAUUAUAAGACAUUUCAUACUUAUGACUUUUAUGACUGUGUGUAGGUAAAUAAUGACGAAAGAAGAUGCCUAAAUGGCUAACUUUCCGAUUACCAGAGUAACAUGUUUGUUAGAAAAUAAAAACAAAAUUAAUAAAAUUGUACUGUU